CGGUAAACUUGCUGGUGCAUCUGGUAUGGUCGGUGCUUACGGAGCGCAAUUCGUAGGCGGCGACGGAGGUCGAUCAGAAAUGAACUUACCACCAGAGCAGAGGAGUAGGAUGUGGGAAAUGACCUUCGAAAUACGAAAUUUCGAAAAUGUCACCAACAAGGAAAUGAUCUUCUUCUUCGCUGUAUCCGUACGAAGCUCCACAGCGAAACGGUUACCAAGAGUGCGUCUCAGACCCGUCUAUACGAACAUGUUCUCGCUGAAAAAGCUAUGAUGAGCAUGAAAAACUACAGCCUCAGUCAUGAUUACUUCUGAUAUUUCCACCGUUGUUGUCUAGAAAAUCAAAGUGGUUUAGGACCAGAUACAAUGAAAUUUUCAUGAUCAACAUGAAAAAUAUGAACCAAGAAGAUGAACGACGAUCAUCAGCUUGUGUCUAUCUCCCUCUCAUCUUUUUCAUCUUCUUUCAUCUGCUCUUGGAGAGUAUGCUAAAUUCUUACUUCUUUCGUACGCUAUUCUCCUGUGUAUCUCCUUGAACCUUAUCUCCUCCUCCUCUUCCGCUUCCUUUCAUCUCCUGGAGAAGCCGCUGACUUGGAUGAGCCGAUUGCGCUGAUACAGAACAAAAGGUUUCGUUUACCCUACGCAGAGCUAGAGAAGCACUGUUUAUGAAAAGAAAAUCUGUUGUCAUUGUCAUACUUUUCUUCUUCAGAAACUUGAUAAUGAUAACAGAUUUUCGCUUCAUACUGUUUGCAGAUUGAUCUCUGGAAAAUCAAUAACUGGGUUUUUAACGAGUAUUAAGGCUCAAGAAUGGUGACGAUGUAUGACUCAUCUUCAGAAUAAAAGAGGCAUCUUACUAGGUAACGCGCUCUCAGGAGAAAAGAUACUACAAAGAUGCACUCGACGAGGACGAUGAAAUUACUCACACUGAAUUUAUAUAUAAUGUACUCAAGUUCAUCUAAGAGCACUACGGGACCAUCUCGAAGACGUUGAUGGAGUUCGCUACGCGCAGCAUGAACCAAGACUUGAUGUUGAAGAAGAAAUUAUCCUUUGACGAGAUUGCAGAGAAGAAGCGUCCGUUCGAUGUGGCAAGGUUUUGUAUGGCUACCGCUGAAGCAUCCUUACCAUGAUCUGUGGCCCGUUUUCUACUUGAAAACGAAGCCAAGGAUGGCGUGAGGGAUGCAAACGUGGCGGCUCUAAGCUUUCCUGCAGUAUCAAUAUCGAAGAGGUGUUUGACUUUCGAUUGUCCUUCGACAACUGGACCUUUAAGUUAAGGAAAGGACCGAACCCUUAAUGGCUAGUAUUUCAUACGAGGAUAGAUAGCUUAUGUCAAAGAAGUUAGUACCACUGGUGCGCAUCAACAUCAGCGUUGUAGCAGGUAGUUCAUGAAUGUUAGGUACCUCAUGAAUGUUAGGACCUUACCGAUAAUGAAUUGCCUCGUCUACUCCUCUUUCCUAAGGACCUUCUAAUCCAUGUAGAUACCACCCAUCCUGAUGGCGCCACAAAGUGGAAAGACGCGCGAAAUAAGCUGACGUUUGCGGUGCCGCGAAGUCGACACGGACAGGCUGAGCGUGCACGACAGUGUACAUUGCGGAGUACAAAGUGGAACGAAGAGCGGGGAAAAUUUUUUUGGCCAAAACCAGGUUAAGGAUUGAGAUUUCUUGACAGAAUUUUCGACUAUGUAAGUAUCUACUUUCUUUAUUCGAUCCAUUAUACUCCCCUCCCCCCCCCUAUUUGUACCUCAAGAAUAGGCAGAUCAAUCAAUCAAUACUCGUACUAUGUUGCUGAUCAAUGUCAUUUUCGUCUGCCUCAUGAUCCAUGUUCGUGGGGACAACAACUUUUACCAUAAUCUGGACGACCGGUCGCUCUCCAAUCCAGAGUACGUCCUAGUCCUGCUCUUCAUCUUCUAACUUUAGGUCUUUACCUUCACCGGAACCAGGACCCAUCUGCAGAACCAGUACCUCGUAGUGAGCAGUGCCACAGGAGAUCCGCCAGAGUGGAUCGAUUCAGGCGGUUAUCCCGGAACUGUCAUUGGACGUGCCCUCUUCGGCUUGACCAGCGUCUUGGAUAUUUCAGUGUUUAAGCUAUGAUAGGUAGGAACUGCUGAGAGCUGAAAGCUUCUCAACCUCCUCAACAAGUUCGUUAAAUCAAUGCCUUACACUCUUUGGCUUUAAAGUUAUGAUAGGUAGAGGCUGUUGCCGGAUUGCUUGCAGAUGAUGUUGAUGUCAUGAUGUAAUUGAAGACUCUUGCUUGUGUACUCGAAGGCGUUGGAAGGAGUGGGUAGAAAAGCUGAGACCCUUAGGGUUAGGGAGAGAAGGGAAAAGUAAUUUGGGUAACUUGAGAGAUCACUGAGAAGGAAAAAAUAAGACCUCGAUUUCCAUAAAAACUACAAUAACGUCCUCCUCUUUUGUUAUCGUUUCCUGAAGACACCGACAGAAUACCAAGUAAUAGGACAACAACUACUUACUAGAGUCUUUAUUGCUCCGUCUUCGUCUGACUUAUAGUAUACGAUAUUAAAUGAUCAAGAACCAUGCUGAUCCUGAUGUUGCCUCUAUCUAAUCAAUGCCCGUAUGAAAGCACUGAUGAUGUUAAAUGUUGACUCGAUCUAAUCAAUGCCCGUGUAAAGGCACUGACCGUAGAUCGGAGGAAAUUUUUAGUAGGAGAGCUAGUCGGAAACAUCAAGGUCGAAGAGCUCUCUCGUGGCAUGCGACAAGUGGAAACGGAUGUAAAAGAGCGACCAGAGCAGCCCAAAGGCAGUGGCAUGGUGUCGCAUCUGAGCAGCAAAGAGCAGUAUCUUGUGGUGCGAGUAGCGAAGUGUGAGAACCUUCCUAUUGUUAAGGCUCCUCGUUGUAGCAUAUUGUCAAUUCUUUUGGAAAAAGAAUCAAUCUUCGUGAGAGGAUACUUGUCUCUUUUGAAGAUGAGUUGUAACUGAGUCUUUUGAAGAUUGCCUUAAGGAGCUGUCCUUAAGUACAUCAAGAGAAAAGCAGAAUUAUAUAAGUAUACAUAGCGCUAUUCCUACGUUAGUAUCACGAGUAACUGAGUUUUUUUCGAUUGCCAUAGCGCGAUUCCUGCGUAUCUAAUACACGCGACUUCGAUCUGGGUACAAGUGAUCCGUACUUACGCGUAGCUUGGGAUGGGAUGGCUCAGUUCUCGCCUAUUCUGAAGAGGACCUGCAGACCAGUGUUCAACUUCACACUGUUUUUCCCGGUCAGACUCGUUUUUCCACAGAUUAUGGAUGGCGUUUUUUCUCCCAUUUUCUUUAGUGGAGGGCCAUCGAGGCAGGCACUCUCCUGCUGUUCUAGAGGUGAGGAAAAAUAAAGCGUCUAGAAGAACUACGGAGAAAAGCAAGCGUCAUUCUUUCAUAGAAAUGAGAUCGCAGAAGAAGUUCAGGCAGACAGCCUUGAGGUUAGAUUUGGAAAGUAAAGGUCCUGUCAACAUCCAGGUUUGGGAUGACGAUGACACGAGCUCAACCUACUUGGGCGGAUAUGUUAUGCUUAGUAGUGGAGGAUUGAACACCUUUCAGUUCCCAGUCAUAGUGGGCACUUUCUUCUGUUUGAUCAGUCUAUCAUAUCAUACCAUAUCAUCAUAGCCCCCAGUCUCCCCCCUUCAUAUCGCUCCUCGACAUAGCAUACAUUGAUCAACAUAUCUUAGCCACUCUCUCCCCUUCGAUAUAGCUACGCGCAUAUAGGAGCAGACGUACUCUCUCCCUCUCCUCUUCAUACCGCUGCUCGAUAUAGCAGACAUCUUGCUGACCAAGAAUCGACAAGGUCGCUGUCUCACAGGACCAGUGAAGCCGAUAGAGGUGGAUCCCGACGACGACUUCGCGAAGCCAAGGACCUAUCAGUGGUUCGAAAGAGAACAAACAACCAGGGUCUUUGAUGGCGCGAAAACGGAGUUAAAAGGGUCCAACUUGCCAAAUGCCGGAGGCGGGCCACCGCAGGUGCAUUUUGAGGCCUACUUCUAUCCCGACUGGGACCAUGAUGUGCGCAUUGACGAAAUUUUGAACGAAGAAGGAGGUGACGAUGUUUGGAAAGAGCUCAAAACAGAUUGGGAGCAACGUAACGAGCUUUUUCUAUGGAUGAUUUUUCUUGCAUCUAGCAGACAAUCUAGAAGGCUGCCCAAUUCGUCCCCACUUUAAGGCGAGUCUGGAUGGUCUCUUUAGAUGGAAGAAGCGCCUUUGUUUCAUACUUUCGACAGUCCUACGCGGGGCCGUUCGGCGAUAGUUUGGGCGCACGACCCCAGAAACACGAUCCGAUGAUUAUGAGAUGGCAUGUUCACUCAUGAUACGUAAGCAUUGAUGAUAAUAGAAUCGACCAAGGAUUACGAACUAUUGACAGGACCUAAUGGUACAACAGUACAUAGACGUGAGGACCUAAUGGUACAAUGAAGAGUACCUCCACAUCAAAACUACGUGCAAGUGCUUGUUGAAUACGUAUCAAUGUAUAUAAUUCAGUACUAUGAUGUCGUCUCUAACAUGGAUUCGGAACGUGGCUGCCGUCGAUUCCAGUGUACUGCUAUGCAUCCGCAGACACGGAUGCUUUUGCCGCUACCAGCAUUCCUGUGCCCCCUCAUAAUACCGCAAGAAUUGUGCAGACCAGCAGUGCUGAUUUAAGGCUUCAUACACUGGUUACCCAUCUUCCAUAUUCAUUUUCAGUUUGUUGACGUUGAGAGGCAUCUAUUUUGUCUAGUGGGGGGAGCGCCUUUUAUUUAGAAGCAAAGAAGGUCCUCUGGUCCAGGAUGUACUAAUAAUCUAGACGCGACGAAUCUCGAGAUGUAUUGUUCUAAUGACUGCACUGGAUGAAUUGUGUGCCAUUUCAGAGCAGUUCGAAGCAAGAGAGGAGUGGCUUAAUGCCAGACGAUAGCCUGAAGAACGUCGCAUUCAUCUUGGCGCGUAGGCGUGGUCCCCCACAGAACCACGCACUGCUGCUGUGCUGCAUUCUAUUAGGAUGCAAGAAGAACGGUAGGAAAAUUGCGUAGAUCUAAAACGGUACCAUGAAAAUAGAUCACAUUGGAACUGGCCUUUGUAAAUUUGUUUUAAGCAACAUUUCAACAAGCGCACCCUAUUUAUCAUUUCAAUCCAUCUCCAUUAGCCUCUCGACGAGUCCAAAUUACAAUUGAUUUUUCACUAUCUCAAUAGAUAUUAACCGAAUCACCUCAAAGUCGUACUAGCAGUUUUACCAUCUUGCUUCUACGUCUUACACCUAAAACUAACAGCGUACGUUUGCAAGGGUCAGAUCCAGGAUGUUGAUGGCAAGACAGUGGAGCAUUGUUGGGUAGUUACUUUGGAGCGUGACAAAAGCGUCAUAUUCUGUUAAGCGGGAUAUAUUUAGUUCCUACACAGCAGAUUCGAGUAUUUCUCGGCUCUUAUCUCAAGCUUACCAGUUAGAAAAGCGUUUCUUAGAAGAGAAAGCGAAAGCAACUCACUCACGGGAAAAGAAAGCAACUCACUCAGGGGGAAAGAAAGCAACUCACUCAGGGGAAAAGAAAGCAACUGACUCAACCACGGAAGAAAGUAACUCACCUCAAUCACUGACUCAAUCACGGAUAGUGAUUGCCUGGCGUUAAUUCUGGGAGCCAUCACUUGGUAGACGCUAUGUCCUUCCAAAAAGGUGGGACGGUGGGAAGACGACGCGCUUGGGACUCGGCAAAAUGAUCCUUGUGGACAUCCCAGAUUAGGAACAAUUGGUUUGAGUAGCAUCAUCAAGUUGAAGUUUAUUUUUUAGUAAUAGGUGGUACCUCUACCUACAUCAACAUCAUCCAAGGUGCAGGGGCACCAGAUGGAGGAUCGUUUCAUUUGUACUAGACGUUGAUUACUGUAGUGCUACGUAGAUUUACUCACAUCUCAAACCACCGACUCUUAGACCUACAGAAAUAAGCCAAAGCAAGUCGAGAAUGAUAGAUAAGACCUCUAAUCACCAAACGAAUGGAACUUGCAGCAUUCAGUGUUGAUGAAGAAAAGGCUAGCACACAUAAAGAAAACGCGAAAGGAGAGAAGACGCGCCUGCGACCAAAUCAUAGAAAAAGUCGAAAAGUACUGUCAACCUAUCAUUUUGAAGAUGAUUCCUGUCUAAAAAUAGUUGAUUUUCUAGUAUCAAACUAACCACAACUACGCUUAAAGCCACUUACGAUCUUACAGCUAAUAAAUUGUGAAGAUGUUGGUGUUGAUGUCAAACAUUAUCAUAAACAAAAACGUUUUUAGUCGUCUCAACGAACAAUUAACAACAGCGUUUUCAACUACCUGUUGUCAAACAUUUUUAGUCGUCUCAACAAACGAAUUACCUCUUACCUCCUCCCAUGCCGAAGACGAACUGGAACUACCUAGACCUACACCCUCGUCUGCCAGGGCCAAAGGAGUCCCCUCCGCACUAGUCGAGUACAUUGAGCAAUGGUUGGACAUGCCGCCGGAGCUUUUUCCAAGUAAUGCCCAGCCAGAGCAUAUAAUAUUAUGACGAAAUUAGUCAAUUCGAGAGGGCCUUCUCCAACUAGAACUAAAAGUACUUCUUGUAAGUAGAGCAGUGAACUAAACUUGUAAGUUGUCGAACAUGUUGGUUAUCACAACUUCCAUAGUUGUCAACAACUAGAACUAAAAGUACUAGGAAACGGCCUUCUAAGGUUCGAGAUCAUGACCGACGUGGGCUUAACCAAAGACUUGGUACCUGGCACCGAAGCACCGUUAGUUUGGAUUUUUUCUUCAAGAAUGGGCAUGGAUAUAGAGCUGAUGGAGGAGGAGGAGGAUGAGGAAGAUAAUGUUAAGGGUCAGAAUACAGUGUGGUCAUUGUGGUUGGUCGCUGAACGCUUCAAAAAGCACUGUCUCAUCUCGCUGGUGGUUGAGAAGAAGGGGAGAGCUUUGCAGGUGAUAGCUUCCGUUCGAUAGCUUCCGUGGCCACGAAUGACUGCUAACCUUUAAUAAUGGCCGUAAGAACUUCAACCCGCUGUGGGACAGUGAAGUUGCCGAUGCGCGGCUAACGCUGGACACACUGGAAAUUCAAGUCUAUGCUUGUGAGACAUCCCUUCAACUUGUUACAAUAGAAGUGGAAGUGCUACAUAUUCUCAGUAUAAUGAUGCUCCACCACAGAUUCAUUGUUAGUUGUAGAGUAAGAGCUAGAGAAACAAAAACAUCUGUACAAGAGGAUCUCCACAGAUACAAUUACAGAGAUACAGUUGAAGAUGAAGUGCUAGAACUAUGUAUUUUAUGUGAACCAUCUAAGAUGAAGUAGUGCUAGAACCAUGUAUUUUAUGUGAACCAUCUACUCGUAGUGACAUCUACCGUCUAAUGUCUAGUUGGCAGGCCACCACGUGCAAAACAGCGCGCGAAGCAAGGCGGAAAAAAGACACUUGGUACUUCUGCAUUGGCUAGAGUAGGAGAGACUUGCGAACACCUCUAGUAUGAUAGGUGCAAUCAUCAUCGUCGACAUAUUCUACGUCUGCAGCGCAGUGACCUAUCAACAUGAUACUAAAACAAGAUCCAUCUGUCAGUCUUCAGCUUGGUGAUAAAUUGUAAGAUGAUUCAUCAUCCUCAGGUCGUGACGAGUUAAAACGGAUCAUGAUGGAGAAGGCAAGCUCGAUGGUUUUUGCGCCCAAUAUGGACCUGCUAGUGGAGGGAGAGACUCUGGUAACCGAGUUGCCCUAUGUGAUUAAGGAUUACUUGUACAAGUUCUUGACCAACUUCUUCUAUUUUUUCUAGUGGGCCCACACCUUACCUAAAAAGAGUCAUAGACCACACCUAACCGAACCUAAAAAGAGUCAUAGACAAUAACCCUGUGAAGAUGCAGCUCUCUUGUCUCGCUAGUCGUAGAAGAUGACCACCAGAGACGCGUGGCGGCUCGAUGACGGUCGUGCUACAUUCAUAUGUCAAAUACUUGAAACCCCUAAUGUGACUUUGGAAUGCGUGUUCAAUAUGCAGAACGUGUGGGCGAACAGGCAAAACCAGCACCCCGCCUGUAUCGUCUUCAACAUCGAUGAACCACUGCAUUAAGGCUUUUCUCCUUUUCGAAAGCCUGGUCGUGGCCCUUUCUUGGUAGGAAAAAAUAAAGGGUGCAUCCUUCAAAAGACAAGAAUCUUCUGUGCUGUCUCCUUUUUCUUUUUCAAGUUGUAAGAUGAAAAGGGAACAAAAGGGAGGAUCUUCUGUGUCCCCUUUUUCAAGUACGAAAUAAAUAUGGAAAUAGAGAUUUUUUUUCAAGUAAGAUGAUAUUGUUAAGAUGAAGUCAAGAAGGAUAGGGAUACUGCGACAUAUUAUGAGCGCGUGUCUAAUUGCUGUGGGACCCGUUUCUAUCGCCAUCGAAACAGGGACAGGACCAAUACGCCAUACCCUACGUCGACCACGACGUGAUUGUGCCGCCACCAAUAAAUUAAGGAGAAAGUGAUAAUGACAAACUCAAACUGUAUAAUGAAUGUAGUGGGUCCCGGAACUGGUUAAUAUGAAGUGAUCGAUGGAAAUAAAGAUGAAGUUGAUGCUACAAAACAUUUUCAUUUUCAUAUGAACGAAGACUGUACCAAAAGGAUCCCUUCGCGGUCUGCCUAAACCUUCGAGUUUUCUGCCAAGUCUAAGCUUAAAUCCCGGGCAACAACAUAGAUACAUAAUCUGAUACUUGAUCAAUAGAUGCUACAAAACAUUGAACAUCUGAUAUUUACUCGAAAGAGCUGGUGAGUCUAAUGCGAAGUUCCGAUCGCAGACAGCAUGACGGAGAACAUUCUCAGCGAGAUGAAGGAGAACAUGAGGUUGUAUCGGUUAAGGCUUCCACGAAAUAGAAACUUUUUUUCCAACAUACCCCUAGUCUGGGACUGGAUUGUACACCCCUACUGCUUCUACCUCUCAAGAAGAGGCAUCUUACUUUGACGCAUUUUCAAGGGGAAAAGAACGGUCAAAGAUGCACUUGUUUAUUAAGAUGAAGAAACGUUAAGACGAAACGAAGCAAGGUCUAAGUCGUGCGAAGAAAGGGUUGGACUGCUACUUCGAUGAGCGACCGGUACUGCUCAGGACCCUCUCGAAUUUCAUAGACAUGCUGGAGGAACGCAUGAAUCUAGACCCUUAUUCCUGUCCUGAACAUCUGAGGGAAGCAGCACAGAUUUAAGGCAGAUGGAACAGAAGAUGAAGUAAAGCAUGAGGAGGAGGAGAGUAGUCAACACGUUACUCGAUUAAUUUUUAGGUGUAUUGUCAUCACAUGUUGUUGGAAGGAGAGGGACUUUCAUCUGCACCAUCGUCGUAGUGUAGACUCAGUUGUACUUGAAACUGUCUUACACAUGUUCACGAUUUGUUUCAAGACAGUACUGGAGUUCAACGAGGGUUUCUUGAAUUGCAUUAGAGGAUCACAGCAACGGAUUUUGCAGUAGAACGAAUUGAGCAGUCGUUUUCUAGGAAGUCGUCUAAUUUUCUCGAUACGAUUGGACCUUCGCGCCCCUCGCUGAUCCGACCUUUGACCAGAAGUUAUGGUUACCGCUGAAGCAUCGUCAGCGUCAUCCUUGGCAAAACUGUUUCUACUACCUGAAAAAUUUUUCUACUACCUGAAAAAGAUAAGAAAUCCCCACCCAAAAGAUGCUGCUCCGUACUAUUCUUAAAGUAAGAGGGAGAUGCUAACGCGGUAGCUCUAAUGAAUAAGGAGUCGCAGGAUUGGGAACGAUGGGUGCGGGAAUACGAGGCCUUCUUAGCUUCCAUGGACGACUUUCCGGUGAAGAAGGGCAGAAAAUUCCGCGCUUUCCCUAUGCAUUUUAGCACCCCAGACAUCGAGGAGAUCCGCAACUACCUCACGGACUGUCCGCAGUACCGAUCCAUGAUAGAUUGGCCAGACGACCAGAUAUACUACACAUUGCAAUUUAUGCCCUAAAGUGAAUAUUGUUGGAAGUUGUUGUUCUCCUGUAGGUUGCUAACUGCCCAGAAGGUUCGCCCUUCUUUUCUAUAUCAGGCUUCUUCCUAGUUAGGGUGGCUCCACCGUUCACGUUAUAUCAGAUAGGCUGUCACUGUCACUUAGAACUUCAACCUCUCCUCGCCAGGCACAUCAGUCAAGCAAUCAAUCAAUUACAAUUUUCAGGAUAUGCAGUUGCACGCUCAUCGAAGCAGAACAAAGGAAUUGAUAGUAGUAUCAGACCAACCAUCUAACAAGAAUCACUAGAGCACAAACCUCCAAUGUCGUGCUAGUAUAAAGUGGCCGGCUUUGAUGUUUCAGCUUUAGGAAAUAGUACAGCAAUCCUCUUUCUAAGGACCGCAAAGUGGUGCCGUUACUGGGUGGGAUCCUGUCCUUAUGGUUCGUUUUCGGGACGCAGACACCACACGAUCGCAAAUUCUUCGAUUGAGCUUUGCGGAUGGAGUUGUUCGAUUGAAGUUUGCUGGAAGUUUCCUUAGAUGGAAGCUUACUCCAGGAGUAGUUCUUGGAUUGAACUUUACGGAUGGAGUUGUUCGAUUGAAGUGCUCUACCACAGUAGUACUUCUUCGAUUGAAAUUUGCGAAAAGAAAAUUUUUUCAUGAACUUCAACUUAGUUUUGUGUACACUACCAUUGAAAUUAAAUCACAUUUACAACUAACCUGUACUCUUUCGGAAAAUCUCACUUCUUGGCAAAACACUAUGAUCUCUUUGAUUUUGAUGUCAUAGUCUAAUGAACAGCGCAGUUUACCGUUCGACUGAAUACUUUUUUCCAUUUGAUGAUCAUGUAUCUAUCUUGCUUCUGUUAAACAGGUCCUAGUUCAUAUUGUUCCGACAGCUUGUACAACUUCGAACUUGGUUUAAAAGAUGAAUUUGAAGAACGUCCUUAUCUACGCUGAGCAUCUACGCAGUAGGACAUGAUAGAGUUGUGCUAGAUCGAAUAUACUUACUCUUAUACCAUAGCUUCAAGAAUAUAGUGGAUACCAAAUACAACAGAACAGAAAAACAGGCAGAAGAUGAAAAAUAGACACCUUCUCACUCUACGAAAAAAAUACUAACUUCGC